UUUCAAUCGGUCACCAAGCAAUACCGCGAGAAGCUCCCUAACGUAAAAAUACCGUCUAUUAUUCUCCCGAUUAGUGCUGCCUAUUCGUGACUUUAAGAGACUCGGCACUCUGAGCGUACGCGUACGCCGAGCCACUUCUGCCUUCACUCGACGGUAAUGCCGCGCCAUUGCCGGCUCCCGCGAUGGAAGACCCGGCAAAUGAAGCUUCUGGUUCGUUCGGCCCGUCGCACAAAUCACCGGCUGCUUUGGAAGCCGCGUUUGACAGUGCCGCGACAACAAGAGUCGACACAAACUCGACGCAGCAAACGGUGCAAAAUGGCCUGCCAAAACGGGUAUUUAAGAUGAAACGGACCGGAUUUUCUACCCUACCGCAGAACACCACAACGCGCGAACUGUCCUCGUCCAACGCGCAUCCGCCAGCCACACCUGGUCAUCUCGCGGAGCGGGAGCCAAAGGCAGUCCAAAUCAUCAGUUAUCUGCCGAGUCGAAUAUCUACCACGCCAGUUACAGGUACCUCGGUUACACCGUCAAAGGCCCAAUCUGCGUCCUCUAGUGCGCGCAAGACCAAGUACGCGACCGAUGAGGAACGGAGGAAGGCAACGAGCAUUGCUUUGAAACAACGAUGGGCCUCUGGUGUGAUGGCCAAUGUUCAUAAGAAGCGCCUCGAAACCAUAAGACGAAGGAAGGAGGCCGAGGCUCUCCUCGGAACGCCAGGCAUCGCCAAGUCAUCUAGUUCUGUAGUCGAUCUUAAGCAAGCGACCAAGAGUUCAAAAUCACUGACCCGUCUCUCUUGGGUUCCAAACUCAGAUGCUCGUCAAGCACAUGAGGCCCGAGAACGGCCCGUGGUUUCCGAGCAGUUCUCUUCGAACAAAAGGCGCUUGACUGCCGAAUCCGCCACCUCGUCAUCUCAUGAAGAUCUCGACGCACAAAGUGAGAACAGUACAUGGUUGAGUAUCUCGAGCGUCUUGGAUGGUGACCAGGCUGUGGAGCAGCCAAGUGACGAGGACGAAAGCAAAAGCAGGACAAACAACGAUGCUUCGUUCAUUACGAUGGCUGCAAGCGACCGUGCCUAUUCGAAGUGGAGAGAUGAGAGAGGGUCUUUGAUACCAACGUACGGCGCCCUUAUCCCGGAAGGAUACAAGUUCUCCACCACUACCCCAGGCCGUCCAUGGAUCUGCCCUGUGAGAUCGUGUCGUAAGGUGUUUGCAAAACUUCGAGAGCUUGGCAGCCAUUUCAACCGUGGGCAUCGAGGCGCACAGUUACAUGACAAUGAAGACGGAACGCUCUCGGAGCGCACAACCGGCCGCCUACGUCGCCCGAGUAGUAAACUAGCAGCUCCAUUCCCGGCUGUUGUGAUAUCCCGGGGCCCUCCCGACCCUGCCGAAGCUCCAGCGGUAGAACCCUCGUUUCCAACCCUGGUACCCGGGAAACAGCUUCUUGGAGUUCAAGACGCGAGUAUGCUGGAAGGCAAUGACGACAUUGACCUAGAUACUGAAGGCACUACGAACACUGGCGACGAAGCCAACAUCGGCUCUGCCAUCGAAGAAUCUCAAGAAGCAACACCUAUCACGACAAAUGGUGUCCCGACCAAUAUCGCCGAAGCAGAGCCUGGCAGGCCGUAUACCAUGUGGCCAGAUGAGAAUGGGGAGCUCGUCCCAACAUAUGGUUCAUUGCUUCCAGCAGGGUACCAGCUAGAUAACACGAUUCCUGGCAGGCCAUGGGUUUGCCCGGUACGGACUUGCCGCACUUCCCACUGCAAGAGAUCUGAUCUAGGUUUUCAUUUCAUGGUACAGUGAUUCCCCCCUGGCAG